ACGAGCCAAAGUUGCAAAACUAUGAAGAGCCGGAGCCUCCCCGUGGCGGUUGCCGCCGCGGUCGUCUUCUUCCUCUCCGCCACAGUAGUACUGGCAGCCGCGGCCGUCGUCGAGCACACCUUCGUUGUGAGCCAGAUGAAUAUGACGCACCUAUGCAAGGAAACGCUGGUCACCGUGGUGAACAGACAGCUCCCGGGGCCGACGGUCGAGGUCACAGAGGGAGACUCGGUGGCCGUCCAUGUCGUCAACAAGUCACCCAACAACAUAACGAUACAUUGGCAUGGAGUGAAGCAGCGGCUGAACUGCUGGGCCGACGGGGUGCCGAUGAUCACCCAAUGCCCCAUCCUGCCGAACCACAACUUCACCUACCGGUUUGACGUCACCGGGCAGGAAGGCACACUGUGGUGGCAUGCUCACGUCUCCUCCCUCCGGGCAACCUUGCAUGGCGCCUUCAUCAUCCGACCGAGACACGGAGCCAGCUCGUACCCGUUUCCUAAGCCUCAUAGGGAGAUCCCUAUCGUUAUAGGGGAGUGGUGGGGGUUGGACCUUGCACAGGUGGCCAGGGACAUGGCGCUUAAUAUCUUUACUGAUUACUCCAGUGCAUCCACAAUCAAUGGCAAGCUCGGAGAUCUCUUCAACUGCUCAGGGAUUGCAGAAGAUGGCUAUGUGCUGGACGUGGAACCUGGCAAGAUCUACCUGCUGCGAGUAAUCAACGCUGCGCUCUUCUCCGAGUACUACCUCAAGAUCGCCGGGCACAAGUUCACGGUGGUCGCCGCCGACGCCAACUACGUCACCCCUUACACCACGGACGUCAUCGCGAUCGCGCCGGGCGAGACGGUGGACGCCUUGGUGGUCGCCGACGCGCCCCCCGGAAGGUACUACAUGGUCACUAAACCCAACCAGGCGCCAUUGCCUGACACCCAGACUCCAGAGUACACCACGAGAGGAAUGGUGCAGUACAGCAGCAGCCACAGCCCCAGAAAUGGCACAGCAACGCUGAGAUCAAGCCGCCGCUCCGGGGAUAUGACAGUGGCACCUAAGAUGCCAGACCAGCACGACACGAUCACCUCCUUUUAUUUCCACGCCAACCUGACCAGCCUGCGACACAUGCGACUAACUCCGGUGCCGACACGAGUUGACGAGCGCCUGUUCAUCACACUCGGCUUGGGCUCCAUCUGCCGGCGAGGCCAGUUCUGCAAGAGAGGCGAGAGUAACGAGACCAUCCUCGUGGCGACCAUGAACAACGUCUCCUUCCAGCUCCCCGCGAUGACGACACCACUGCUAGAAGCACACUACUACCACACCGAUGGCAUGGGCACGCUACAAGAACUUCCCAACAAGCCACCAAGGGCGUUCAACUUCACCGACCCCGCCUUGAUCCCGUUUGGACCCAAGGAGGAACGGCUAGAGCCGACGUCCAAGGCGACGGUGGUGCGGCGGUUCCGGCACGGAGCCACAGUGGAGAUGGUGUUCCAGAGCACAGGGAUUCUGCAGGGCGACUCCAACCCGAUGCACCUACACGGUCACGACAUGUUCGUGCUAGCGCAGGGUCUCGGCAACUACGAUGCUGCCAAGGACGUGGCGAAGUACAAUAUAGUGAAUCCGCCGGUGAAGAACACUGUGGUCGUCCCGAAUCUUGGGUGGGCCGCCGUUCGAUUUGUCGCGGACAAUCCAGGAGUAUGGUACAUGCAUUGUCACUAUGAGUUCCAUUUGGCAAUGGGAAUGAUGGCAGUGUUCAUUGUAGAGGAUGGGUCAACAGUGGACACAACCCUCUCUCCGCCGCCUAUGGAUUUUCCAACAUGUGGCCAUGACAGUAAUCUCAUGCCAAAUGAAUUAUACCUCCGAACUAAGAAAAGUGAAGUGUCACGCGUAAUGGAGUCUAAAAGUUAACACCUACCACUAGUUUCCAAAUAAACUUAUGAAUCUUGUACCCGUAUAAUUUUCAUUAGGCGGUCUAAGUAUUCAUUAGGGCGUUGUGCGGAGAAGGCCACUGUGAACAAAUCAACCUGUGUAUGGGAGAAUUGUAUCCUUCCUUUUUCUAUUGGAUGUAACUAGCCCAAAUUGCUUGUGCAAAUUGCGCGGGUAGCUAUUUUCUUAUACUUGAACAUCAUAGUUUAAUUUUGCAUAUUUCUUUUUUU